UUUUAGUAGGCUUAACUUCAAGUUGCUGUUAAAGGCCUUAUUGUAGGGAUUCUAUUAAUUCCUCUCCCUUGGGAUCCAGCUCCAACCUGAUGUUUCCCAAUCUACCUGCAUAUUGAAAUCCUUCAUAACUAUCAUAAAAUUGCCCUUUUUACAUGCCAUUUCUAUCUCGCGUUGUAAUUUGCGCCCCAAAUCUUGUCUACUAUUAGGAGGCCUGUAUAUAACUCCCAUCAGGGUUAUUUUACCCUUGCAUUUUCUAAAUUCUUCCAAUAGGGAUUCUGUGUCUUCUGAUCUAUGUCACCUAAGGACUUAAUUUCAUUUUUUUACUAACAGGGCCACCCCUCCCCUUCUGCCUACCUGCCUGUCCUUUCGAUGCAAGGUGUAUCCUUGGAUGCUAAGCUCACAAUUAUAAUCUUCUUACAGUCAUGACUCUAGUGAUACCACAACCUUGUGCCUGCCGAUCUUUAAUUACACUACCAGGUCAUCAAUCUUAUUCUGUCUACUGUGUGCAUUCAAAUAUAACACCCUCAGUCCUGUAUUAGUCACCCUUUUCAAUUUUGCCCCUGUGCCCCACUUAGCUCAUUCCAUUUGACUGCAGUUUUGCCCUGUCAACUGCCUGUCCAUUUUCACCGUCUCACAACACACUGCAUCUGUUUAUAAACCAACUGCCCUAUUCUCAGCCCUAUCAUUCGGCUUCCUAUCCCCCUGCCAAAUUAGUUACCUUCUGGCCAAUUGCUCUUAUCUGGAGGUAAGGCAGUUUUGUUUCACUUUGUGAGAGAGCAGCUGUCUUAAUGCAACCUUUAAUGUGUCAGUACUUAAAAGGCAAAGCAUGGUUCAGUAUAUGAGACCAGAUUGCAGAAGCUGGCAUCUGGAGCAAGAAACAAUCUGCUGGAGGAACAAACAUAAAAUACCAGAGCGCAUCCUGAUCUGAGCUCCUCUAGCAUUUUGUGUUUGUUCCUCUUGAUUUCCAUAAUCUGCAUAUUUUGUGUUCAAGAAUCUGCUGAAGCCGAUUGAAUAUUUGAGCACCCUGAAUAUUUCCUGGACGGUCCUGUCUUUGACUCAAAGAUUUUUGAUGCAGUUUAAAAAAAAAUCUGGGCCCUGCAAUGAGUGAUUGACAUGGCGACUCGAUGUAUAUCUCGAACCCUGCAGGUGGUGGACACAGAGUAUAGUGCAGAUGCUGUGGAGUGGUGCCCUAUUGACAAGUUUCAUAAUGUACUAACCUGUGGUACUUAUCAAUUAAAGAAUCCCGAGGAGAAGGGUUCAGGAGACUCAGAAAUUAAUGAGCCCCAGCUCCGGCAGGGGCGCCUUUACCUAUACUGCUUUCAACAGAAACAGCUUUAUUCUCCAUUAACAGAGGUACAGAGGAUUGAAAUGCCUGCAAUAUUAGAUCUCAAAUGGUGUCAUGUGCCAAUAGCUGGAUACCCUGUACUUGGAAUAGUGAAUGCUGAAGGAAGUCUGGAGCUGUGUAAUCUAACACCGUGUGAGAAAAACAGCUGCCGGUUGGAGUCUGUGUGUAGUGUUAAGUUAUGGCCAGAAUGUCUGGCUCUGUCCCUGGAUUGGUCAACAGGAAGACAACAUGAACCUGUCAAGAUCAUUAGCAGUGACUCUAAGGGCUGUUUGAGUCUGGUGUCUGUGGAUAGCUGUAGACUGGAUGUGGUCUCUCAGUGGAAGGCACAUGACUUUGAGGCUUGGAUUGCAGCUUUCAAUUACUGGAAUACAGAUGUUGUUUAUUCAGGAGGUGAUGACAGUAGGUUGAAGGUUUGGGACAUGCGGAUGGGGACCAACAGACCGGUCUUUAUCAGCACUAGGCAUUCAAUGGGAGUGUGUAGUAUCCAAAGCAAUCCACAUAAACAACACAUACUGGCUACUGGAAGUUAUGAUGAGCAUGUUCUCAUUUGGGAUUCCCGGCAGAUGAAGCAGCCAUUGGCAGAUACCCAUGUCCAGGGAGGUGUCUGGAGAGUUAAGUGGCAUCCAAGUCAGGAAAACUUGCUGCUUGCAGCGUGCAUGCACAAUGGAUAUCACAUCCUAGACUGUGAGGGUGCACAAGGCCAAGAAAAAUGCCCCAUUCUUUACUCCUAUAUACUGCACAAUUCAUUGGCAUAUGGAGCAGACUGGUCAAGACUAUCUAUGGAUACUCUGACCACCACUGAGCCUUGCCCUGUAUCAUCAUCUUUAGCUGAAACCCAAAGGAAAAAGGAAGGCGAGCAAGGAACAAAGGAAGCAGAAAUCAAAUUCCGGCACCUGAAGAUUCAGUAUGAAUCUCCCACUGGUCUAUUUGAUAUGGUGGUGGAAGGUGAGGUGGAUGAUUAUGGCACUGAGAUUUCUGGCAGUUUGCAGGCUGGAGGUGCAUCUCAGAGUCCAAAUGCGAACUGUGCCAUAACAGAACAACAGAAUUACAAGGCAGCUAUUGACUGGACAAAGAAUAAAGGUGAUUUGUUGGCAACAUGUUCCUUUUAUGACCAUGUCUUGCAUGUUUGGAAAUGGGAAAGAAAUAAUAUUGUAUCUUCCAUUUAAUUUUCUAUUUAAAAAGUAAUGUUUAUAAAGUACUAGAGCAAAACCAGAGUGCAUACUUGGUAAUGUGAGGGAGAAGAGCAUCGUAGUCUGGCCAUUUUCAGUUUUUCAAUAUCCUGCAGGGAAAAACUACAAGAUUGGGCAAUAAAUUUAUAAUGAAGAUAGUUAAUAUUCUUAAAUGAUAGUGAGAAGUGUUGUGAGAUUUCCUAAUGUCAGCUGUGUACUUGCUUCAGCUAAAGCAAAAAGUAGGAGAAAUGUAUUUACCAUUAAUUUCAAAAUGUUCAACAACAAGAAGUGUGAUAAGAAAAUGGGGAGGAGAAAAGGAUGCACUAAGAAACAUAGUAUUACCAGUAAUACAUGAAGAAUUUAGUCAGAAGUGUUUCUUCAUUCAUUUAUUAAUUUGAACCAGAAUUAAGAGUUGGCAAAAGAAUUGAAGGAUCUGUAGAAGUAAUUUAAAUCAGUUUGUCUCCAAGGAUUCAUUUUGCUAGAACUUCCAGCAGUCAGGUGUCAAGAGUUAAUUUAGAACUUUAGGCAAUAAAUUGGAAUUAUUUAUUAUUUUUGUCAAAUGCACUUAGGUAGAGUGAAAAGCUUGUCAUACACCCAUUCAUACUCAUCAAUUCUUCACACAAUGCAUUGAAAUUAUGCUUAAUCUGGUUCUUUAUAAAUUUGUCUCAGAACGUGUCAUGUGACUAGUAAAUUGUUUCAGUUCACUUUUGUGCUGAGGUGAGUAGCUACACAAUUGAAGCUUCUCAUAGCAGCCUUUUUUGGUCCUGUGGACCUCCUACAUUAACUGAAGACUUGGAUCUCAGGAGUUUUUGCUUUAGAUUUCUAGGAAGUCCAUUGUAGUUGUGCAAGGCUAAAUUUAUUUUUACUCAAGAAUGGAGUUAAACUAUUUUUGUCAAUCUUUUUGCCACUGCCGUCUGCAGAUGUGUAAAACAAAUUUUUAAUGCAUAUACACAUCUUAAAGAUGCUCUAGAAGGUAUUUGCUUAGUAUUUGAUGUUUGUUCUUGAAUAUUCUUUAAAGUAUUCCCAAUGGGGAGAGAGAAGGCGCUUGUAAUAAUGCUCUUCUCUAAUUAUUUGUUGCAUCUAUCUUCCUCUUCCCCUACCUUGCUCCAUAGCAUUCUGUGCCAAGAUAAAUUGAGUUAUGUUUAAUGGGGAAUAAUUCUGGUUGCUCCAGUUUCUUCCCACAGUCCAAAGACUUCUGAUUAUUGUCAUCUGAUCAUUGUAAAUUGUUCUGUGAUUAAACUGGGGUUAAAUAGGAGGAUUCUGGGCAUCACAGCUCACUGGGCUGAAAGGACUUGUUCUAGGCUGUACCUCUACAUAAAUAAUAAUUUCUCAAAAAGGGAUGUAUUGAAAAUAUAAUUGUUUCUCAAAGGGGUUAUUUGUAAAACAUUUUGAUAUCACUUUGAUUAAAUAAUUUACAUUUAUGUAACAUCCUUGAAGGUUGAAUUUUUUUGUCUGUUUAAACUUGAAAUAAAUGCUCUGAUCAAUCAUCUUUGAAAGAAAAAAAUCUGAUAGACAGUGGAUGUGAUCUGUAUCUUUGGCUGAAUUCAAACAGGACAAUACCAAAUACAAUUGGGUCAAACAUUUAUACAUCAUGGUUUAUAUAAUGUCACGUAAAGUGAGAUACCAUUCCCUCUGUACUAGGCAAAAACAGGACUUUCAUUACUAAUGGUAAAGGCAGACUUGUUUCUGACAUAUCCAUAACUACGCAUUACAAUUUCUGGCCAACAGAGUACUUUUCUAAUAAUUCAUGAAACAGCUCUGUUAUUUAAGACAGUGCUCUGACAUGUUUAUAUAAAAUAGUUAAUACUAAAUAUUCCAGCUGUUUUCUAAGUAUUAUGGAUAAUACAAUUAAACUCAAAUCACCUUGGGGUUGAGGAAUGUGCCUUUUUAUUACAACAUGCUUUAAAUUUAAAUAUUUUGGUCUAUGAACAAAAUACGUUGAGCAAAUUGAUGUUAGGGAAAUUCUUGAAAAGUGGAGGUAAAAAUAAGAUCUGAAUGAGGCUGAAUUUUGAGAUGACAUAAAGUAGUAAACUUCAAAAAAGGCAUUAGAAAAUACAGGUGCGCAAUAAAAUACUGAAAUACUCAGUUGAACAACACCUGUGGAAAGAGAAACAGUUAAAUAUUUCUGGUUAACUCCUAAUUGUUUUUCUCUACAAUUACUGCCCAACUUGAGUUGAAUCCAGCAUUUUCUGGGCUUUUAAUUUUAGAUUUCUAAUACAGUCGACCUUCACUAAUCCGACUACCUGUAAUCCGGUUCCUUCAAAAAUCCGGCAUUGAUUUCAAAUUUUCCGCGUAACUGUAAUUUCAAAUUUCCCGUGCCACCAUUCCAAUCUGCUGCACAUUAUUUUGGUUGCACUAGAUCUGUUCACAUGUUGGCGCGCUCUUGUAAGCACAGACAGGCGAUUCCUGCUUGUUUUCCUGCAUUUAAUAUCAUUUGUGAGAGGCGCGGCCGCCCAGCACCUGCCCGUCUCACCUGCCAACAGCGAGGGGGCUGGUGAGUGCUGGAUCGGUCCACCUUCUCGCCUGCCUGCUGGCAGUCGCGCACUGCCCUCUGGCGUCACCCAACUGGCACUCCGUUCUCUUCUGCCUAUGAUCUCAGAUCAGACGUGGUGACCCACUGAAUUUAAGUAUAUUACUAAGUGGAGGAAAAGAAACUAACGAGGAUUCCCUCAGUAACUGCAGGUGAAGAACGAAGAGCCCAGCGCCAAAUCCCUGGCCGCCUGGCAGUCAUGUGAAAUGUGGUGUACAAGAGACUUCCUUUCUCCGAUUUCUGCUUCUGCUCACCCAGAUGUGCUGCCACCAACAUAAACGGUUUUUGAAGAAACUGUUGGGUCAGUUUCAGCACCAGUUCCUGAUGCUUCACUCAUUUUUCAAGAUUAAGAUGUUGAUGAUCCUGACAACCCCACACUUGCAAACAUGUAAUUUUGCCUGAAGGUAUAUUAAACGUCUCACUUUAGAAGCAGAAGUGCUCAACUGUUCUGUAUAAAUUAAUUCCUGUACAUUUACCUGCACCUUUUUUUCUGUGCCUGUACAGUAUAUUACUUUAUUAAAAUUUCACUUGCUACUCAUUUAAUUUUUGUUUCAUUAUUAUCUAACUUGUACUGAUUUAAAUGAUAUUUUAAAGGUAUGAUGAGGCGGUUAGCUAUUGCUUAAUGUGAUCCUUAUGUAAUUUGGCAUUUUCUCUAAUCCGGCACUCCUCAGGUCCCAAUGGUGCCAGAUUAUAGAAGGUCAACCUGUACUGACAAAGCUCAUGCCUUUUAAAUGCUGGUGGCUUAUUUGUUCAUGUAAUUUUUAUUAACAUUUUGUUUGGACAUUUUUUAAACAUUUGACUUGAAUAGAAUAGUUAAUUUAUUAAAUAUUUGAUACCCAUAAUCAGUACUUAAGAAAUAUGGUUUCUCAUUAAGUGCUUAUAUUCAUUAUAGGCAAAAAGUAGAGAUAAAAAAUUUGUGCUAACUUUAAGACUUGUUAAAACCAGAAAAGAUGUUUAGACAACAAUGUACAGGUUUCCUUAUUGAGGGCAAUGGGAAAGAUAAUUGAACCUUGUAUUCAGAUGUAGAAGUUUUACUAUGACCGAUUCUAAGUGUACCGAGGGAAACAAUAGUGUAGCAUAUAUUUUGGAAGGAAGACAAAAUAGCUUUUGUAGACAACAUUAAAGAAAGUCCUAAAGCAUUUUGCAGUAUAAAGGGCAAAAAGAUAACCAGGAAAAGAGUAACUCCUAUUAGGAACCAAAAAGGCAAUCUUUAUUAAACUAGAGGAUGUACUACUAUAGGUGAGGCCUUAAAUUAAUACUUAUCUGUAUUCAUGCUGGAGGACUGGGAGGGGAAUGAUAGAAAUAUAGAACAAAAUUAUGAGAGACAUGGUUAGAAUGGAAACCUUUCCCACUAGCAGAGAUGUCUACAAACCAGAGGGCUUAAGUUUAAGAGAGGGGUAAGACAACAGGAUUUGAUCAAGAUUUCUUUUUUUUUGUCUUGAGAAUGUUCAAGAUAACGUUACAGCACAAGAACAGGAAGAAUAAGCCCUAUUGACCACUACCCUCUGUCCUCUAGGGCAAGCCAAUUCAUCAUGGAUCUCGUGCAUCUUAAUCUUCUGGAUGAGCGUCCAAUGAGAGACCUUGUUAAAUACCUUACUAAAAUCCAUGUAGGCAACAUCCACAGCUCUACCUUCAUUAAUCUUUUGUCACUUUUUUUAAAAAAAAGCUCAACCAAGUUUGUAAGACACAAUUUACCCUGCACAAAGCCAUGCUGACUGACUCUUAACUAGGCCAUGGUUUUCCAAAUGCUAUCCCUAAGAAUCCUCUCCAGUAACUUUCCACCAUUGACAUGAGCCUCACUGGUCUAUAGUGACCAGAUUCUCUCUCUUUCCCUUGAAAAAUGGACACAACAGUAGCUACUUGCCUGUCAUCUAGUACCUUGCCUGUUUAGAGAGGAUACAAAGAUAUUGGUCAAGGACCUUGUAAUCUUAUCUCUUGCCUCUCAAUAACCUGAGGUACAUCCCAUCAGGCCCUGAGGACUAAUCUACCUUACUAUUCUUUAAGAGACCCAAUACAACUCCUUUAUUUCAAAAUGCCCAGCAUAUUAGCACUGGAACACACAUCCUAAGCAGUUGGUGGAGGCAGGUAUUCUCACAACAUUUUAAGUAUUUAAGGUGAGCUCUUGAAAUACUAUGAGUUAGGACGCUAUGGUUUGAGUGUCAGAAAUUGGAAUUGGUAUUGAGCAUUAUCAUGACUGGAUCAGAUAGUAGGCCAGUGGGCCUGUUUUUGAGCCCUGCGGGUAAUCAGCACAGGGCCAGAUCAAUGCAGAAGUUCCUUAUGGUAGUGCCAUCAGUCUUGUUUUGUGAAUAUCCUCAUAACCUCCUCUCCUCAUGAGGUGGGAAAUGCAUAUUCACUGAUACAGUGUUACGCUCCAUUUCCCUCAGACAGUGAAGCAUUCUAUUCCUGCAUGCAGGAAAACUUGGGCAACGAUCAGCUUUCCAGUAUAGGUAUAGUAUCUGAAAAUUUCCCUAUAACCAGUCAGGGACUUAGCAUUAACUCAAAGGUUAACUGGAAAAUGGGCAUAAGAAUUAUGGGUACAAGAUGGCUUCAACAAAAUGACUGCUGAAUUUUUCCACACAGUCAUAUUCCCUUUUCCUUAGCUGGCUUCCCCUACCAUCAGUGCUGACAAAAUCCUCAUCCGUUUAUUGUACCUGUGGACUUGUGCCCUCUUCUCUCAGCCAGAACAAAGAUGGAGUUUUUUGGUUCUUGCCUUCUACCUCAUCAACCACCAUAUUGAUCAAAUUUUGGAAUUUCUACCACCUACAAUGAAAUUCAGCUUCCAGCCACAUUACUUACAGAAAUGAUCAAAGCUGUUGUAAAUCCUAAGUGGUUAAAAGCCAAAUGAGUGAUAUGCAUUGUUAAAGUACACUUUAAAAUCCAUUGGAUUAAAGGAAAUCAAAAUAGCAAGGCCAACAAAAUCAGGGAUCACAGAAACCCAAGGAAGAUGUUUGGAAUUUUUGAAAUUUAUAUUUCAGCUGAGUGUGGCAGUGUGCUAGAAAUUUGGAGAGUGGCCAAUGUACUAUCCAUUUUUAAAAGUGAAUUAACCUGGAUAAUUAAUAUUUGCUGCUUUAUUAAAUUGUGCUAGAAAAACUGAUCUUUUAAAAAAAAUCUGCUGCAGCUGGUAUUUUCUCUCUCCUCCCUUUUUCCAUCCCAUAUUCUGGUUCUUCUCUCUCACCUGCCCAUUACCUCCCUCUGGUGCCCCUCCUCCUUCCCUUUCACCCAUGCCUCCAUCUCCUCUCCCAUCAGAUUCCUCCUUUCUUUGGCCCUUUCCCACCUAUCACCUCCCAGCUUUUCAUUUCAUUUCCCAUUCACUUAACUUCCACUUCACCUGGCUUCACCCAUCAGCUUCUACCUUUACUCCUUUCCCUCCCUAUACUUUUAUAUUCUGACUUCUUCUCCCUUUCUUUCCAGUCCUGAUGAUGGGUCUUAACCAGAAAUGUUGACUCCCUGCCUCUAUGGAUGCUGCCUGAUCUGCUGAGUUCCUCGAGUUUUGUGUGUUAUUAAAGACUAGAUGCAUUCAGCUAAUAUUAUUUUAUAUUAUAGAUGCAGGCUAUGGAAGGAGUGGUGUUGAUAUGCAAGUACUACAGGCUGCAGGAUUUGCUAAAGGUUAUUGGUAGAGACAGAAAAUACAUUCACAAUCAAGUAAAUUAGUGGAUAACGGAAACAGAAACGAGAAUAUAGCAGGGAGGUGCAGUUUGAAUUAUUUGUUUUUAGAAAACAAGCAUUGUUUGGGACAUGAUUGUAUUUUUAUUGAGUUGCAGGACAGAAGUCACAUGUCCCCAAAAUAAGACAUACUAGUUGAAGACUCUGAAAUCCAGAAAUGGAGCUUUAAAAUUUGAACCAUCUAUUGAGAGUUUAAUUUAGAAUAAGUCAAAUCCAAUAAAGGUACAAAAUUAUUUUGGAACAUUAGGAUAACCAGACAUCUUAUUAAUCUGUGUUAUGAUUUGUGUUCAGAUUUGAGGAUGGAACAGAAUAGAAAUUGACCAUUAGCUAAACUAAUAAAAAUCAUUUGAGAACUGAAUUUUUCAUAGUUAAGCCUGUAUCUCUGAAGGCAAUCCAAUUACUCUGGACUUAAUUGGGAACAUGGAAAUUGCUUGAUAAACUUAUUACCCUGAAUCAUUUAGUUUACCUUCCCAACUGGAUAGAAACCAGUCAGACAACAAUGAAGUUAUUAAAUAAACCUCGCGAGCUAUGCUUUAACAAAGGCACACGUACUACAAGAACACGAGUGUAAAGAGAUUCAGGAACUUUAAUUACUAAUGUGAUCUUUCCUCCUAAAGUUUUAGUAUAAAAAUGUUGCAUUAUAUUAAUUAUCUUCAAUAUUGUGCAAGGCACAAUUGGUUCCCCUACACUUCAGGUAGAUCUAACAUUGUAUUUCCUAAUA